AUGGCUUCCACACUCUCCAAGCUAAAACACUCGCUCUCUCUCACCCUCCAAUACUACCUUCCUCUCGCCGGAACCCUAACUUGGCCUCCAAGUUCCCCGAAACCCAAUGUUCUUUACAACCCUGGGGACGCCAUUUCGCUCACCGUGGCCGAGUCCACCGUUGAGCAUUUCGGCCACGUUUCCGGCGACAAUGUCCGUGAAGCGUCGGCGUCUAGUCCUCUUGUUCCCAAACUGCACGUGACCGAGACUUCGGCUUCUGUUAUGGCACUGCAAAUCACAAUGUUUCCCAACAGCGGGAUUUGCGUCGGAAUCACCGCCCACCAUGCCUUUCUUGACGGGAAAUCUACGACCAUGUUCAUGAAAUCAUGGGCUUACGUUUGUAGAGAAAACCCGCCAUUAUCACCCGAGUUAAUGCCUUUCUACGACAGAAAUGUUGUCAAGGACGACAUUGGGCUCGACAUGGUGUACUUAAACCGAUGGUUGGAGAAAACUAAAUCCAAACAGAAAGUGUUUGAACAUUGGUCAGAAACACAUGUACAAUCUGACUUGGUACGAGGUAAUUUCCAGCUGACACGUGGCGACAUAGAAAACCUCAAGAAACGGGUAUCCAGAAUCAACAAAACCUCAACACUUCAAAAACUGAGCUCGUUUGUUGUUACGAGUGCUCAUGUUUUAACGUGCAUGGUUAGAGCAACCUCCUCGGAAGAGGAUCGUAGAAACAAGGUUUACUUCGUCGUCGGCGUAGACUACCGAACUCGUUUGGAUCCACCGGUACCGUUGAACUAUUUCGGUAACUGUGUUGGUUCUCAUUUGGGUUAUGUGCAGGUGAGAGACUGCUUUGAAGAAGACGGUUUGGCCAUUGUUGCCGGGAAGAUAAGUUGUUUGGUAAAAGGUUUAGAGAAGGGAGUUCUUGAAGGAGCAAAGGACAGGCUUUCGAAAUGGGGUUCGCUGGAACCAGGAGCACAAGUGAUUUCGAUAACUUGGUCGCCAAAGUUUGGAGUUUAUGGGAUAGAUUUCUGUUUUGGAAGGCCUAAGAAGAUUGAAAUCGCGUCUAUACAUAGAAAGGCAAUUUCUUUGGUGGAGUAUAGAGAUGAAAAUGGAGGUAUUGAUGUUGGUUUGGUUUUAAAGAAGCAUGAAAUUGAUAUCUUUGCUUCUCUUUUUCGUAUUAAUAUAUCAUGA